AUGGAGACCCCGAGGGAGAAGUUCUACUUCACCAACACCAUGCUCUGUCUCCUCAAGGUAGUUGAAGGCAUGGAAACCACAGUGGAACUACAUGGGGAGAAGGAGGUGACAGGGAGAGUAGUGCAUGUGGAUGGAUACAUGAACAUUACCAUGCAUCACGUGACAAUCAAGUACCCAAGGGGUAGUAAGAAGUUUGAUGAGUUCUUUGUCAAUGGAAGACAGGUCAGGUAUGUGCAUAUACCAGAUACAGUGGACAUUAAGAAAGCGAUGGAGGCUGAGAUUAUGAAGAGGAAUUAUAAUGUUGCAUCUGAGAGAGUUAAGCAGGAAAUUAAAGAUGCUGCAUGGAAGAAGAUGAUGAAUAAAGAGAAACAAAGAAAACAUCAGAAGAAGAUACCCUCAGGGGACUGUCUGGCAGACGAUGCUGCGGCAUAUCGAGGCAUACUCCAGAACGCCCAGGCGUACGCAUCUACUUUGGUUCCCCCGAAAUUGCAAAUGCUUGAUUCUCGAGACCAGGGGCCAUGA